CAGUGUCAACAGUCAACCACAGUGUCAAAUAUUGUUAGAAGUCCUAAGAUAAAUCUUAGCUAAACAAAUAAAGCUAUUUUCAUGUUGUUAGUGGCUAUUUUUUUCUCAGUUACAGUAUGUGAACACUUUUAACUAUUCCUGUUAAUAAUUCAAACCCUACAUAGUUGUUAUAACUACUAAAAUUCAGGAUUCGUUUGCCACAAGUGGCGUGUUAUAAACAAUGGCUAUAACAAAUGUUUUAUUACUGAGUCAAAUAGCAGGCUAUGUUAUAGGGCUUAUAUUAUCCCUUUGUGUAAUGGUGCCGAUGGGCAUGCACCGAGAUGAAUUCAGUGGAAACUGCCUUUUAUUCUCUCGCGGCACUUGGCAGGAAGAAGAUGGACAGUUGUUAGUCAUGUGGGCCUCACGUGGGUACUGUAACUAUGUCAUUGCUGUUGGCUGUCUGAUGUUCAUAGUUUGCUUAGUACAAAUCUACAGGUUAUCACAACUGGUAUGUAAAGGACUAGACAGUUCAUUCCUGUCAGCAUUUAUUGAGGCUGUUGGUUGCGUGUUGUUCUGUGGAUUGGCAAUAAGUGCAGCCGUUAUUGUGACUCUUGGUUUUAUGACUUGGUGUCAGAAUAUUGUUGAACGAUUUCCCAGUUGUGAAGAUGCCACAGGUCAAGACAUAGACAAGAAGGAUAAUAUCUCAACACAUGGAUUCUACAUUGAACUUGGCACUGCACAAUUUGGUGCUUGGGCUCUAUUCGCUCUGUGGGUGGGUCUGGCUGUGUUCAGCACUCUGAAGGUGUGCCGAUAUCACCAGCUACAGAACAUUCAGGUGUCGAUGUACCGGGAGAGGCAACGGCUCGUCAACGAAACACACGGCCGAUCAACCCCGCCCAUUGACUCUCUCAACUAACUGUUCUAACAAUGAUCUACGUUAAUAAUUUAUAAUGUUAUCUCGUAAAACAAUAGGUUUUCUGUAUAAAUUAUUCUAUUUUUGUUAAAUUGUAUUAUUUUUGGUAGGUAAAUUGUGAUAUAUUUAAAUAAGGUUGUAAUCAUAGAUGAUAAGGCAGUAAUUGUAUACUAAAAGUAAGGUUCAUCUCAAUUUGGCAAUUUUUAAUUACAGAGAUGUCAUUAACAUUCAUCAACACAACAUAGUUUUAUGAAUAUAAACCAUAUAGUUGUUU